GCGAAGGAAGACUUUAGAGGUUUCUUUGCUUCUCUGCAAGGAUCAUCAUCACCCAACUCUUUCACUUUUCCCGAGAGUUCCCGAAGAAGAACAAAUAAAUAAAUAAAUAGAGAGCCUCGUCUUUCAGAAUUCUUAGGGUUAUAUAGAAUGGAUACGGCGGAGUUCGAUUACCUGUUCAAGUUGUUGCUGAUCGGGGAUUCUGGGGUGGGGAAGAGCACGCUCAUCUUGAGCUUCACUUCCGAUACCUUUGAGGAACUCUCUCCUACAAUCGGUGUGGAUUUUAAGGUGAAACAUGUUACAGUCGGGGGGAAGAAGUUGAAGCUUGCAAUUUGGGACACAGCUGGACAAGAAAGAUUUAGAACACUAACUAGCUCAUAUUACAGAGGAGCUCAAGGGGUAAUAAUGGUAUAUGAUGUAACACGGCGUGAAACUUUUACAAAUCUGUCUGAUAUAUGGGCUAAAGAAAUUGACUUGUACUCAACAAAUCAAGAUUGCAUCAAGAUGCUUGUUGGCAACAAAGUCGAUAAGGAAAGUGAAAGGGUUGUCAGCAAAAAAGAGGGUAUUGACUUUGCUAGAGAAUACGGAUGUCUUUUUUUAGAAUGUAGUGCAAAAACUAGAGUCAAUGUGGAGCAAUGCUUCGAGGAGCUCGUGUUAAAGAUUUUGGAUACACCUAGUCUCUUAACUGAGAGCUCAGCCGGGGUGAAGAAGAACAUCUUCGAAGAAAAACCUCCACAAUCUGCUGAGUCCACCAGUAGCUGUUGCUCUUGGAACAUGAACCCAGUUGUAGGAGAUUCUGGCACCACCACCUCUGAUCCCCGCAAUCCCACAAAUCUGACGGACUCAACGUCCCUUCCCGCUCCUCUUGGCGGCGAUGCUGAUCUGGAGGCAGAGGAGGAGGCUCCACCACCAGCAGCAGCAGCAGCAGCACCCAUCGUAAUGUCCUCCAGGGAACCCGAUGCCAUCUUCAGCGGUGGCGGCAUCAGCUUUCUUACUGGAGGUCGAAAUGGGAGUUUCAACUAUGGUUAUUCCACUUUCAAGGGUAAAAGAGCUUCCAUGGAGGAUUUCUAUGAGACAAGGAUUUCAGAAGUCGAUGGUCAGAUGGUUGCUUUUUUUGGUGUUUUUGAUGGCCAUGGGGGUUCAAGAACUGCUGAAUACCUAAAAAACAACCUUUUCAAGAAUUUAAGCGGCCACCCAGAUUUCAUCAAAGACACAAAGACAGCUAUCGUAUAUGAUGUAACACGGCGUGAAACUUUUACAAAUCUGUCUGAUAUAUGGGCUAAAGAAAUUGACUUGUACUCAACAAAUCAAGAUUGCAUCAAGAUGCUUGUUGGCAACAAAGUCGAUAAGGAAAGUGAAAGGGUUGUCAGCAAAAAAGAGGGUAUUGACUUUGCUAGAGAAUACGGAUGUCUUUUUUUAGAAUGUAGUGCAAAAACUAGAGUCAAUGUGGAGCAAUGCUUCGAGGAGCUCGUGUUAAAGAUUUUGGAUACACCUAGUCUCUUAACUGAGAGCUCAGCCGGGGUGAAGAAGAACAUCUUCGAAGAAAAACCUCCACAAUCUGCUGAGUCCACCAAAAGAAAAAAAAAAAAGCGGCAGAACAUGAACCCAGUUGUAGGAGAUUCUGGCACCACCACCUCUGAUCCCCGCAAUCCCACAAAUCUGACGGACUCAACGUCCCUUCCCGCUCCUCUUGGCGGCGAUGCUGAUCUGGAGGCAGAGGAGGAGGCUCCACCACCAGCAGCAGCAGCAGCAGCACCCAUCGUAAUGUCCUCCAGGGAACCCGAUGCCAUCUUCAGCGGUGGCGGCAUCAGCUUUCUUACUGGAGGUCGAAAUGGGAGUUUCAACUAUGGUUAUUCCACUUUCAAGGGUAAAAGAGCUUCCAUGGAGGAUUUCUAUGAGACAAGGAUUUCAGAAGUCGAUGGUCAGAUGGUUGCUUUUUUUGGUGUUUUUGAUGGCCAUGGGGGUUCAAGAACUGCUGAAUACCUAAAAAACAACCUUUUCAAGAAUUUAAGCGGCCACCCAGAUUUCAUCAAAGACACAAAGACAGCUAUCGUUGAAGUAUUUAGACAAACAGAUGCAGAUUACCUCAAUGAAGAAAAAGGCCAGCAAAAGGAUGCUGGUUCAACUGCAUCAACUGCUUUGCUGUUAGGGAACCGGCUACUUGUUGCAAAUGUUGGGGAUUCCAGAGUAGUUGCCUGUAGAGCUGGUUCAGCUUUCCCGUUGUCUAUUGAUCACAAACCUGAAAGAUCUGAUGAGAAGCAACGGAUUGAAGAGGCUGGAGGUUUCAUCAUUUGGGCAGGAACAUGGCGGGUUGGCGGUGUUCUUGCUGUUUCUCGUGCAUUUGGAGACAAACUACUAAAGCCAUAUGUAGUUGCUGAGCCAGAAAUACAGGAAGAAGAAAUUGAUGGUGUAGAUUUUAUAAUUGUUGCAAGUGACGGACUUUGGAAUGUCAUAUCAAAUAAGGAUGCUGUGGCUUUGGUGCAGGAUAUACAAAAUGCAGAAGAGGCAUCAAGAAGACUAAUAACAGAAGCUUAUGCCCAAGGAAGUUCAGAUAACAUUACCUGUAUCGUUGUUCGGUUUGAUAUAUCUUGAGCAGAUACAUUAAGAUUUUUCAGGAUUUAGGAUCAUUAAAAAGAACCCAUGCCAGUUAAGCAGCAGCAGUUUAUUUCUUUCGUGCAUUUAUUAAUCUUUUCAAAAGACUUUAUUAGUGUGAGAGGCUAACACCUGAGUUUUCAAGAUGUUGGUCCUGAACAACAAUUGAUGUUUAAUUCAUGGUUUAUGGCAUUGAUGUAAAUUUAAGGGAUAAAUGUAAAAUUAGUCCAUGUGGUUGGCAUGAUUUACAAAUCA